UCUAGGACGUCAUGGUGCAGUUCAUCUCGUCAUGCCUGCGUUUAAUUUCCUGUUCUAGAAGAGGGGUCAUACAAUGGAAACGUAAAGGUCGGAUUCUACAGCUAUGGUUACCAUGGAAACGGAGCGACGAACUCAAACAUGGGAUGUGAAGGUCCCUGGGGGUUCUGGGCGAGGCACGUGGAGUUAGAUCACUAAUGAAGGACAGUAGGGUAAUACAUCAUCGGAAGUUACAUUAUUGGAUUAAAUGAUGUGUCAUUGGAGUCGAUCGAAUUUUUUAUUCAUGAAUAUUCAUAAACAUAUUGUGAUAUCGCAUAUAUAAAGCUCUGACCGGUUUGCUCUGUUAAAAGUUUGUCUGCUGCGGUAAGCGUUAGAGUUUUUGGAGCCCUUCAGUCUACACAGUUCUAGCGCGCGUCAGAUUCGCCUAGAUUCGUUUUACGUCACGAGUAAGUUAAUAUUGUUCUAAGGGUUGUGGUCCCGGACCUGUUCUGUACAGUUUGAGAGCACGCGUUCAACUUGAUAAACAGUUGUACAGUGGGACAGAUCGGCACUUACCGUCCAGACAUCAUGAUGGAUUUGUAUGUUUUACUUUUGUGUACUUUGCAGCUGUUGAAGCAUGCUGGCGGUGAUUCGGACGUUCAAGCAUGCGGCGGGAAAGCGGCGGACAUCAUGUUCGUCCUUGAUACUUCCGGAAGUAUCAGUUAUGAAGACUUCCGGAAAGAAAUCAACUUCACCAGAGGUGUCAUUUCCAUCUUUGAUGUCAGCGCGGAGCGGACGCAUGUAGGCGUCAUCAGCUUCAGUACAAAGGUGAUAGAGGAAAUGGGUCUUGGUGAGAUUAAGAAUAAGGACGAGGUUCUAGAGCGUCUCACCUCAUCCAACAUCCGAUACCAGGGUGGAGGUACACAUACCGGCGACGCCUUACACAGCCUCUGGACCGACGUCUUUAUUCCGGGUGUCAUGAGACCGGAAGUGUCCCAUAUCGCGAUCGUUCUCACUGACGGCAUGUCGUAUGACAUGGCAAAAACCAAGGCAGAAGCCAUGGAAGUCAAAGGAAGGGGGAUAACUGUGUUUGUUAUUGGAAUCGGCAGCAACAUGAGCGUCGACACUCAGGAACUGACGGACAUUGCCAGUGAACCGACUAAGAACUACAUGUUCCAGAUCGCCAACUUCGAUGUUCUGAACUCCAUCAAAUCGGAGCUUGCUUUCAAAGCAUGCAAACAGCCGCCUGUCACUACCCCGGCCCCUCCAGUGAUGAACGAUAACGGAGAUAUAGUGUGUGUUCCUAAGGCCGCCUUGAAUCUGGUGUUCGGCUUUGACAUCACAGCUAUAGGGACGGAGAACGCCAAGUUUAUCCUCCAGUUCAUCCAUACUAUGUUUGCCGAGCUUCCGAAGAUGUCAAAGCGCAUGACUGUCUCCGUAAUAUCCGGCGGAGAAUGUGAUGUACAAAAUGGUAGAGGCGACGCCUUGAUUGACAAUGCACACAGCACGGAUGAAAUAGACCACGGGCUCAAAUCGCUCUCCACCAAAGCCUCCAACUCUAUCAUGAAGAAGAUGCGUCUUAAGUUCGAUCGACGCGCCAGGAAUAAAGUCGGUUUCCUUUUUUUGGACAAAACUCUAAGAAACCUCGAACUUUCACAGGCAGAGAAGGAACAAAAAUACGCCGCCUUUAAGAAGAUUGAUCUCUACGUUAUUGGUGUUGGUGACAGAGUGAACAAGACCCAAGCCGAGAGUCUGACAACUGGGGGUCAUAACUACUUCCAUGUGGAUCGUUACGAAAGUAUCAAUGACGUCAGAGGGAAAGUGUUAUGUGCAAUAUCCUAAAGAUUGAGUAACAUUAUUUAGAGAAGGUGUAAAUAAUAAUGUUUGAUAACGUUGGGUUGUGCAGGAAGAUGUGACAUUCCUACCACACUGCAAGAUACUGUAUGCUUUCAUUUAGGCAGUGGGUGCCUUUACACAGCUGUUUGAAAUACGUCAAACGGUUUCAUGGGUUAAGACUUAAUAUUAAUGAUAGCAAACCUAUCUUGAUUUUGUAGAUCUAUGCACCGUUUUGUGAUUUUUGUCACUUUGAAUAAAUUAUUCAAACUCGUCUAUAAUAUUUCAUAUUUUAA